GGUGGGGGUCACGUGACGCCACUGCCGGGGAUGCGGGAAAUGGGCAGGGGGCGGGGUGGCCCUUCUUCCUUUCGGGUCACGUGCGACCGGAAGUGGCGGCUGCUGCAGAAAAUCGGAGAUGGGGACCUCUCUGGAUAUCAAGAUUAAAAGGGCGAAUAAAGUGUAUCAUGCUGGGGAAAUGCUCUCGGGCGUGGUGGUCAUCUCCAGUAAGGAUUCCGUCCAGCACCAGGGAGUGUCCUUGACCAUGGAAGGGACUGUGAACCUGCAGCUGAGUGCCAAGAGCGUGGGCGUGUUCGAAGCCUUCUACAAUUCCGUGAAGCCAAUCCAGAUUCUCAACAGCACCAUUGAGAUGGUGAAGCCAGGAAAGUUUCCCAGUGGCAAAACAGAAAUCCCUUUCGAAUUUCCUCUGCACGUGAAGGGCAACAGAGUUCUGUACGAGACUUACCACGGCGUGUUCGUCAACAUCCAGUACACGCUGCGCUGUGACAUGAGGCGGUCGCUGUUGGCCAAGGACUUGACCAAGACCUGCGAGUUCAUCGUCCACUCAGCCCCGCAGAGAGGGAAGCUGACCCCGAGUCCCGUGGACUUCACGAUCACGCCGGAGACCCUGCAGAACGUCAAGGAGAGAGCAUUGCUGCCCAAAUUCCUCAUUCGAGGCCACCUCAACUCCACCAACUGCACGGUCACCCAGCCGCUGACGGGCGAGCUGGUGGUGGAGCACUCGGACGCUGCCAUCCGGAGCAUCGAGCUGCAGUUGGUCCGCGUGGAGACCUGCGGGUGCGCAGAAGGCUACGCCCGAGAUGCCACAGAGAUUCAGAACAUUCAGAUUGCCGACGGCGAUGUCUGCCGGGGCCUCUCGGUCCCCAUCCACAUGGUCUUCCCCAGGCUGUUCACCUGCCCCACGCUGGAGACCACCAACUUCAAAGUGGAGUUCGAGGUCAACGUCGUGGUGCUGCUCCAUGCCGAUCACCUCAUCACUGAGAACUUUCCGCUGAAGCUCUGCCGCACGUAGCCCGGGAGCCGGGAAAGUGCAGGGCCGGAGGGCAGGUGGCGGUCCAGAGGCUCGCCCGACGGCCAGGCAGCCCGGGCCAGCAGCACACACUGCGUUCGUGGUUGUUCCGUGCCAGAAGCGCGUUCGACCUCCUUCAUUCCCGCAAGGCUUCUGUUCCGUGUGGGCGCCUCUGCUGAGACCUUUCGUGUGGGGUGCAGCAGACUCCGCCUGCUGCGAGACCCCAGAAAACAUCUCUGCUGACUCCCGAGGUCCCUGUUGCUCUGUAGCCCCAGGAAGCAGUUGGUCUGCAGCCUGAGCUUUGCUGGCAAGGACGUCCUGGGGACAGGAGGGAAGCCCUCUCUGAAUGGCGAUGGCAGGGGGUGUGGCCGGGUCCCACGGAGGAUGCCUGCCGCAUGCAGCCGCGUGAGGUUAAGGAUGCGCUCCUUAACCGCAGCUGGCGUAGGUGUGCCCAGUGGAGCCUUUCUCCUCUGCGCUGCAGUACUUUAUGACGUCUUUCACCGUAACUUCCCACUUCUGGGGACUGGAAUGAAGACAUUCUGUGCUCCCCGGGACCGAGGGGAUUCGGCAGCUGUGGCUGGAGCUGGGUGUUCGCAGUCUCCAGAAGCGGCACAUGCCCUCAUGCUGCCGUAUUCCAGGGUAGAAGGGAGCUCUGUUUCCACUCCCGUUCCUGGGUGAUCCUGAACGGUAGCAGCCCCCCGCUAGGGCGGGUGGUGAGGGUGCGUCUCCUCGGGCCGUGCCAGCAGUGCCCUUGGCCUGGUGGACUUGGCUGCCGCGACCCGCCCGACGGACUGAGCUUGCAGCCAGGCCUUCCCUCAGCCUUGCACCCUGGCUGCCGGGUGUGGUGAGCCUGUGCCGUAGGUUUCCUCCUUGGGCCUGCCAUCGGUGGCCCUCAGCGAGACGCCGAGAGAGCCACGCUGCCUGCCGGGCACACCAGCCCGUCCUCUGGAGGCGCUGCCCAGGCUGGCUGGGGCUGAAGACUUCGGGUCACCACGGCCCUGCAGCAGCCCGCUCUGCUCCCCGCUGGGCUUCCCCAGUGACCCCACAAGUCUGAGCUGAGUCAUCCGAGAGCCGGCUCCCCGAGAACACGUUUCUGGCUUGUAAAUCUUUUAUACUCACAUGCCUGCAAUAAUUCUCUGUCCUUGCUGAUGUGUUAAACACGGAAGCCAGAACAAAGAGGCCAUGUUUUCUGGGAAAUUUGUAAGGAAGAAGUCAUUUUUAAUGAAAUAAAAAAUUUUAAUCUAAAUGCAACUUUGA